UCUUGAUAUGCGGCUGAUUUGAAUUUGUGUGUAUGUAAAUAAAAACCGGCUAUUUAAUUAAAUACAUUUAAAUUUAGAAUAACAAAUGAACUGUACUCAAAAUAGCUACAAUUUUGGAAUAGAUAACAACGGUUAUAAAAUAAGUUGUAGACACGUACAAAUUUUUUGCGCUAGCGCAAGUGGCUUUUCGUACGACCUUGAAUGACCUUGCAUGCGUGUAUUAUCAGUAAAUUGUGUGGCUUGGGGUAGUUUGUUUUUAGUAUUCGAGUGUAACAGACGUUCAUAGGUGGUCUAAUAAUAAAAACACACGUAUUUCGAGUUAAUUCUAUUUUAUUUUGAGAUUAUACAGAUAAUAAAUAAAUAUGUCGAAUAUUUCUGUAGUUUCUACAAAGCCGUAUGAAGGCCAAAAGCCAGGCACUAGCGGAUUACGCAAAAAGGUAAAAGUCUUCACACAACAAAAUUAUACUGAAAACUUCGUACAGUGUAUUUUGGAUGCAAAUGGUGCAGCUUUAAAUGGUUCUCUCCUUGUAGUGGGUGGUGAUGGGCGUUAUUAUUGUAAGGAAGCAGCCGAACUUAUUAUUCGUAUGUGUGCAGCGAAUGGGGUUGCUAAACUAUUGGUGGGCCAAAAUGGCAUACUCUCGACUCCAGCGGUUUCAAGCUUGAUUCGUAAUCACAAAGCGUUGGGUGGCAUCGUUUUGACUGCAUCACAUAAUCCCGGCGGCCCCGAAAACGAUUUCGGUAUUAAGUUUAACUGUGAAAAUGGUGGACCAGCACCAGAUGCGGUAACAAAUAACAUCUAUCAACUGUCCACUGCCAUUAAGGAGUAUAAAAUCGUCAAUGGUUUAGAAAUCGACAUCAGCAAAAUCGGUACCAACACAUACGACAUCAAUGGUAAGCCGUUCGUUGUUGAUGUCAUCGAUUCGGUGGCCAAUUAUGUCGCACAUAUGAAGGAGAUAUUUGACUUUGAGAAACUGCGCGACUUUGUUAGCGGCAAGACAUCUGGUAAACCGCUCAAAAUGCGUAUAGAUUCGUUGAACGGUGUUACAGGCUCGUAUGUACGUGAAAUCUUCCUAAACGCUUUGGGUGCAGCUGAGAAUUGUGUAGUGCAUACCAUACCGCUACCUGAUUUUGGUGGUUUGCAUCCCGAUCCGAAUUUAACAUACGCAAAGGAUUUGGUAGAAACAGUUGCGCAGGGUGAUUACGAUAUUGGAGCGGCUUUUGAUGGUGACGGUGAUCGCAACAUGAUCAUUGGCCAUCGCGCCUUCUUCGUAACUCCAAGCGACUCGUUGGCUGUUAUUGCAAAUAAUUUAGAAUGCAUACCAUAUUUCAAGAAAAAUGGUAUACAAGGCUUUGCAAGAAGUAUGCCAACAGCAUCGGCCGUUGAUUUGGUUGGUAAAAAGUUGGGAAAAGAGGUAUUUGAAGUGCCCACUGGUUGGAAGUAUUUCGGUAAUCUGAUGGAUGCUGGACGUCUGUGCUUAUGCGGCGAGGAGAGUUUCGGUACCGGCUCCAAUCAUAUACGUGAAAAGGAUGGCAUUUGGGCUGUUUUAGCUUGGCUCUCCGUUAUGCAACAUACCGGUAAGGGUAUUGAAGAUAUACUCAAAGAUCAUUGGGCCAUUUAUGGACGCAAUUAUUUCACACGUUACGACUAUGAGGAAUGUGAGUUGGAUCCUUGCAAUGAAAUGAUAGCAACUAUGGAGAAAAAUAUUACGGAUCCAUCAUUUAUCGGCAAAAGUUAUACGAGUGGUGGUAAGACGUAUAAGGUGAAAGUGGCGGACAACUUUAGCUAUACUGAUCCUGUGGACAAGUCACUUGCUACAAAGCAAGGCUUGCGCAUUGUAUUUGAGGAUGGUAGCCGUAUUGUUAUUCGAUUAAGUGGUACCGGCAGUUCAGGUGCUACCGUACGUUUGUACAUUGACUCUUACGAGAAGGAUAAUGUACUUGGCCUAGCUAGUGAAAUGUUGAAGCCAUUAAUUGACAUUGCUUUGGAGAUUUCUCAGUUGCCAAAAUUCACCGGACGCAACGCACCCACUGUCAUUACAUAAGGAUUUUACGCAAUAAAUUUGAUUGAAACUAAUUCGAGAAGGAAAGCAAAUAAAAGUAGAGAACUUGUUCAUCUCACGAGCUAUUAUUAUUAUUUUUUGCCCAAAUUUUUUAAGAUAUUGUUGUAUAUUAAAUUACUAAAUUAAGUCUGCCAGCUUUUUAAUUGCAUAGCAUAUGUUACGAAAAAA